AUGGCGACAGAACGCUCCCUCGCCGCACUCUUGCGGUCGCUGCAGGCUUCAUCUAGCUUUGAAGAUGCCUCCCAUCUUCUACCCACAGCAACGAGUUUCCUGUCUAUUCUCGGCAACCCAUUGAACCUGACCCUCCUCGCAUCGCAACUCCUGUCUGCUCCCGCCUUAUGGGAUCAUCCUGUCGACCUCCAGUCAUGUCGCAAGAUCAUGAGCGUGUUCAACACCGCUGCCAUCGCUGUGCUACAAAACGAUACCACAGACGCGCCCCGUAUGCCAUACAACCGGAACAGAAGCAUUGAACGUGAAGCCUGGGUCAAGGCAAUUGCUCAGGGGGCGGAUGAGAAGUCCCCGCGGUGGAGACACACCAUACUACUUGGUGGCAUUUUGCUUGGAUUCGAAGGGCAGAAUCGACAGGGGCUUCCACGGGGAAUCAGAAUCAAACUCGAGCGGGCAUUGGCUACUGCGGCUCAAUUGGCACUGGAGGAGUUACAUCCUGAUGCCGGUAUAGAGGGAAACUGUAUUACCAUGGUAUUGAACUACACGUUUGAACUGCUUUCAGAUCAAGAGCGCGCUUCGUUGAAUUAUGACCGCCUCUUGCCUGCUAUGGUGCGCUCUGUCUUCUUCUCAGGUGAAGGUCUCGAAGCUGGAUAUUUCUUGGGGACUAUCGAUCAGGAUGUAGUCGAGGCCCCGGGAAGAAGUUUCGGUGGAACGCUACGUCUCCUUCAUACGGCCAUCUAUCUGCUAUCGGCUCAAGGCCUCUUGUAUCUGCUUUAG